UUUCACUGACGGAUCAGAAGGCAGCUAUUAUGUUACUGACUCAGCAUUUCGCCUAUUCGGGGAAAUUACUCGGUAAAAACGUUGAUUAACAACGCCUAAACAAGACUGCAGUUAUGAGCUACUUUCCAAAAUCUGAAUCUGCAACCUCUCUGCUGAAAUCUACCGCGGUUAGCAGGAGACCGACACACCUCCUUGACUGCACAACAGAACCCCGGCAUCACCAUCACCAUCGUCCGGCAGCUACUCACGUGGCUAGUACUGCAGAGGAUUCUUUCUGGUCAGCCGAAUGCGACGUUAGCGCAAGAAGACCCCUGUGUCAUCCAUCCCUUCUCGGUAACCGGAACAGUGCAACAUCCCGGGGUAAAAGCCGGUCUCACGCACCUGAUGUCUCUGUGUCACACUCCAAGGAUGACUCUCCUGAGCAACCAACUGUGAGCCAAAGAUCAAGGGAACGCUGUAAAUCUUCCCAAAACUCACACCGUCAUCACAGAAGAAAAUCGACUCGGGACGGGCCCGCACCUGCACACCAUUCCACUCAUCUACCUCCCAGAACACCGUCAUUCUCUGACUGCAACGACGACACAGCGCCCUUCUUUGAACCGAGGGACCACAAGGCCAUUUUGACUGGCGGAGAUGCCAACAUCCCAUCCUCAGCAUCGUCAUCCCCGGUCCCAUUGUCCAGUAAAUCUUCGCGCCGUUCCCGGAGGUCCAGUGCAGCAUCCUCAGCAUCCGAUUUUAAUCUGCGCCCAAUUCUCAACUCGGUCUAUGGCCAGUAUCGACAGAAGAUUGUCAUGGAGGAAGUUUCUGGUUCACAUUCAGAGGAUAGAGAGCUUAGACCUGAGGAGAUAGACGAGUUGCGCGAGGCGUUUCAGGAGUUUGAUAAGGACAAAGAUGGUUUCAUUGGAUGCAAAGACCUUGGGAAUUGUAUGAGAACCAUGGGAUAUAUGCCCACUGAGAUGGAGUUGAUAGAACUGAGCCAACAGAUCAACAUGAACUUGGGGGGACAUGUUGAUUUCGAGGACUUUGUGGAGUUAAUGGGUCCAAAACUUCUUGCUGAAACUGCAGACAUGAUUGGUGUGAAAGAGCUGAAGGAUGCAUUUAAAGAGUUUGACACCAAUGGGGAUGGAGCGAUUAGCACAGCAGAGCUCAGAGAGGCUAUGAAGAAGUUGCUUGGCCAACAGGUUGGUAACAGGGAUUUGGAGGAUAUCCUUAGGGAUAUUGAUUUGAAUGGGGAUGGGCAUGUUGACUUUGAAGAGUUUGUCCGAAUGAUGUCUCGCUGAGAGGGAGUGGGUGGUAUAUACAACCUCAAGUUAUUCAUAUUGAAUGUGAACCUCCACGCUUCUGUCAUCAUCUACUGAGCCAAAAAGAGAUAUGCUUAAAAGUCUGAGCCAUCUUUACCUGAGAAAUACUGGAAUCACAGUCUUUACCUCUCUGGACACACUGACCCACGGACCCACUGUCCCAUUGAGACAGAAUCUACUGUAGCAGAUUGACCCAGCUAUGGGAUCUGCACUUUAAACCAUCUGUAACUGUCCACUGUUUUGUUUUGUUUCGUUUUUUGGGAGGAAAUGAGCAAUAAGCAAACUACAAUUGUGGGUCAAGUCUCAGAAAUAUCAUUUCUUGCAUUUCUUUAUAUUGCUUUCUCUUAUGUUCUGCUUUUUUAAGAAUAUAAUUAAUAAAGUAUUUGUAUUAUCUCGUUGUCUACUUACACCUCCAUCUUAGUUCUUUUCUGUGGUUUGCACUGACCCAGCAAAGGAACAACCCAUAGUAUGUGUCGCCUGCUGUUUUUAUUUUAUUUACAUAUUUAAAUAGAAAUAUUAGAGUAUGUGUUACCAUGCAGAUUAUUCAGCUUGCUAUGAGUGAGAGAGCGAACAAAUUGAAUGAAGAAUGAACAUUUGUGUUUACAUGGUUGAGGAUGCAGUAUUUUUACAGCAAUGUUUUCAGCUGUAUUUGUAUUGCUUCUAGCCAACACAUCCUGUAGGAAAUCAAAUGAAACGCUGCUGCUUCUUGAAGGUUAUCUCUAUGUGACCCGUGGUGCUAAACCAAAGACCCAGUGAGCAGCAUUGCACCUAAUUUCUUAAAAUGGCUCCUGGCAGUUUAUGAAAUACUGUGAUGUGCCAUCCUAAUUUGCAUAUUCCCUCUCAUGAAAGUAUGAGACAAAAGCAUUACACAUAAAGGCAAUUUACAUCUGACGCUAUGAGGACAGAAGUUAACUUAAGGAGUACAUUACACUCACAUUUGUGUGUGUUGAUUGACAUUGUUGAUGGUUGAUUUGUACAUGUUUCUUUACAUCUGUAUGGUUAUUGGUAUAGUUGGAAAAAUUGUCUGCAUGUUGUUUGUUUUUUUAUAUUGAAGAUAUAAAAUUGAAGAGAUAUUUUAUGCUUCUUAAUCAAAUUGGAGAAAUAUUGUUUUUGUCUGUGUAGUCAGCUGCAAAUAUGGAUUGACCCCCAAAAAAUUCUAACAAAAGGUUUCUCAGUGGUUUACAGUAUUAUCAGAUGUACUUAAAAACAUCCUAAAAGUUUACCAAAGUUUGACUCCAAGAAAGGCCCCAUUUUCAAAAUGGCGUCCGUCAGGUCCUUAAAAUGACCAUUACUCCUUCGUAUUCCUCCUAAACCAGGAAUACUGGUGC